AUGGAAGAGGGUAAUAUUCCAAGGGAACCAGGCGAUGAGUCUCAUGAAGCACAAUGUAGUGAAGAAAUACAGCAGUGUAAACCAAAGACGUUAUCGGAUUCACAACCACCGCCAGAAUCAGAUACACCAUCAGUUGUAUUCACACACAUCAAUGAUGAUGGCAGGGCCAAGUUGGAUUCACUUAAUACAAGUCGAGCUUCGUGGUCAUCGACGUCGAGUAAUGAACCUGUUUGUAGGAUAUGCCAUGAUACAGAAGACGAGAGAGGAAAGACAAAGCUUAUCUCCCCGUGCGGUUGUUCUGGUUCAGCACAGUUCAUACAUAAAAAGUGUCUUCAGAAAUGGACCAGUAUGAAAGGGGCAACUACAUGUGAAAUCUGCAAUCAGAGAUACAAACCAAAAUAUAUCCGACUUAAGCAGAGAUUAAUGACUCGUCAGGUAAUGUGUAUGGGCAGUGCUGCUUCUCUCCCUCUUCUUGUUGUCAUCAUUGUUGGUUUCUUCUUACUCGGUGAACAACUCAAUCUCGGUAGUUACGAUGACAACGAUGAAAGUUCGCCUAGCGACAAAACUGACGAGAGCGAGGAAACGAAUGCAAGCAAGUUAAUGGUUUCUGUAUGUAUGAUAGCCACAGCAACCUUUGGAAUCUUUCUCUUGUGUUGUUUUUCCAUCUGGGCUGCCAGGGUACAACCUCAUCAGUUAGAAUUCAGAGGUGGAAGUUUCUUUGGUCAGAACGAUCAGGACGUUGAAAACGGGACUGGUCACCAUCACAAUUCAAGGCGAAGGAUCCCAGCACCACUCUAUUUCUUCUAAUCUGACAUUGACUUUAAAACAUUAUUGCUGCACAUUCAAUACUUUGAAAAAUUAUACAUGAUGCUCGCGCUACUACUACACCUUUUAACACACGUCCUUCCAUAUUUAUUCACUAAUAACAUUGUUUUCUGUAUGGGAGCAAAAAAUUUAAAUUCAUUUAUGUAAUUUUUGUGAUAGAUGCACAUUUUUCAAAUGAAUGAUUAUAACCAUGAUAAUGAUAAAUUGUACAUUUUACAUAGUGCAAAUUCAUUGUUUAACAGAAAGUUGGAAGCUUGUUCGUAGUUAUAUCAUUGUAAAUCAUGUUUUAAGCUUUCUAUAAAGAAAGGAGACACCAUUACCAGGUAUCUUUGUUACAAGCUACUGUUAUCUAGAUUGAUAUAUUUAUGUGAUGGGGGACAUAGUAUUAGACUCUUAUCAAUGGGAUAUGCUCACUGGAGACUAAAAACACUGAAUGAGAUUUACCAACCUCGUGAAAAUUGUGUUUUAACUCAACAUUAUAGAUACAUAUGUAAAAAUGCUUGAAUAACAACUUGUGGGGUUUUUUAAGUUACAUUACAUACUAAUUUAAAUGUUAGUAUAUGAAGCGGCCGGAGUAUCAAAAUAGUUCAAAUAAAAAAUUAUAAAUCAUUACUUCAUGCAUGAUUUACAUCAAGUGCUCUAUACACAUGAUACAUUGAAUGGAAACUAAGCGUAUAGUUCUAAUGAGUUACGAAAGCUAAAAGAAUAACCGUUUUGAUUAUUUCAUUUUCGUUUCGCAUUUUUUAAAAUUUAAAUGUUCGCUCCAUCCGGCGUAUCUGGCCCCCUCAAAAUCAAUAUUUCAACAUUUCACCUAACGAUUGUUUUCAACUGAAUGUAUACAGUAUGAUAGAAGUACAUUUUUUUAAAGGAUGUGUAAUUGUGCCCAGCAUAGUACAUUAUAUUUAAUAUUAAAUAAACAUAAAACUACA